UAGUCAGAAUUGACGCUCAAGGGUCGGAGUGAGAACCGAUAAGCAAAAUCUCAGACUGGGGGCUGAAAUCAAACUUAAUAUAAUAUGUUCUUCUGUGGCCCGCGCCAUUUGUUGCUGCAAAUUCUCUUCUUCUUUCUCUGCUAAUCUUUUAGCAAAAUUCUACUGAAAAUGGAUACUGGAAUAUGCUUCUUCCAUUCAGCUUCACACGUUUACCCGCGUUUUCCGUAUAGAACAUGGAACAAUGGGAAGCUUGGGGGAAGGAAAUUUGCUUCACUGAAUUUUGUUGGUUGGAAGCAGAGGAAAACUUUGAUCUGUGCAGUCAAUAAGGAUGCUGAGAAAUCAUUCAAAAAGACUGUGGAAGUAGACAGACUCAUAGAUAUGCUAAGGGAUGCAGAUGAUAAAGAACUUCAUCAACUUGUUGUGGAGAAUGUUCUUGCUUUCAAUGAGGGUUUCUGGAUACGGCUUGCAGCUAGAACAGAAACAUGCAAAUCUGAGGACGAUAAAAAAGACUAUGAAGAAUUGGCUGCAUUAUUGAUGAGUGUGGUGGAUCGUCUUGUCCACAAGACUAAUGAAAAAAUAGAGUCAGCUACAGAUGUGCUUAAGGCAAUUUUGAAACCUGUGGUUAACGAAGAAGAAGAGAUUGAAUGGCCUCCUAGAGACCCUGAGGCUCUCGCUCUCAUGCAAAAAGAGUUAAACCAAAGAGAGCAAGAAGGUCAUCUUGAUGAGGGCUUCCUUGCGGAAGUUAACGCACAGCUACGGCAAGCAAAAGAAGAUGGUGAUAAGCCGGGGCUCGAAGCUAUGUUGCAAAAGGUCUUGCAACUGUAUGCUUCCAGAGUUCUCUCCAAACGUAGUUAUGCCAAGAAAGGGAACGAAAUACUGAAAGCCGAGCAGUUUCUUGAGACCUUAAUCCAAGCUCCGGAAGCAGAAUGGAAUAAGCUCUUAAUCAAUGGUCUGACUGUUGGUAAAGGGGAUAUUUCACCUGAAGAAUUAUAUGCUGUUGUAAAGAAACGAAUCGAGCGGACACUGAUUAGAACAGAGGGUGGAUCAUAUCAGCAGCGCAUUCUUACUGAGUACCUAAAAGGCAUCCAAGCAAGAGGUGAGGAGAUUGUGGGUGUACUCCAAGGUGGGACUCGGUAGGUUUUCUUCCGAUACAGGAGACAGCAAAAUAGCUCUUCUGAACAUCUGAGUUCACAAGGUCUCAAAGUUCUGCAACUGAGAAAAACAAAAUUGUGCAAAAAGUCUCUGAAUGCGUAUUGCACGUCGGCAAGCAAACUGAUCGAGGAUAUCAAAUAGCCAUAGCCUAUAUACUUGCAACCUUCAUACAUCUUUUUCUUACGUUAUUUCCCUCAGAUGGGGAGCAUUUUUUUGCAUGAAUCUUGAUUGAUCUUGUAGAGGGUGUUAUCAUGGCGACAUACAUGGAAGUAAUGUCCGAGUUACAUUGAUUUAGUGAAUUAGUAGCUCUGAAACAUCCGAGUGUAUAUUGUAUAGAGUGAUGUUGAAUGACUCUUGUGUUCGCCCUUU